UUUAUUUGCAAUCGUGUUAUUAAGAUUUCGUCAGUAAUCACUUACAUGUUUAUAUAUGAAAUAAUAGAAUAUCCAGUUCUCUUAUAUUCAUUGUAAACUUACCUGAUGACCAUAUGUACAAAUUUAUUGCGCUGUUAUUGCCUUACCACACAUUCGGACGAAGUCAGGGCAUUUUAGUGGCUGAGGCAACACAACAGUGCUUGGUGCGGUGUAAACUCUGAGUCGCCCUAUAAACCCACAACAAAGGCACCAAAGAAGUCAAUAUGUCGGAUGGACAAGAUAGCAAUGAGGGAGCCAGGGAUAAUAGGCCACGGAACCUGCAAGGGCUCCUAAACUUCUGUACGGAAAUAACGGCAAGAGAAGAUACAACAGGACCUUCACGGUUUCAAGGAAUGGAUCCUGAGCGUCGAUCUUUUCUGGAGGAAGCUCUAAAUUCAAUGACAGUGGAUGUGGUCAAGAGGUUGGCAGAUGCUCUGAAAGCACUAUGCAGUGAAUCUGUAACAAUGCCUGGUGAAGAUGUCACAGAGCAAGAGAGAGCCAUAGAGAUCAUUGAGGAAUAUGUUGAUGACCUUAAUCAUGCUGAAGACCUCCAAAAACUAGGCGGUUUUCCCAUUUUGAUGAAAUGCUUGGAUUCCCCUCACACAUCACUUCGUACUGGUGCUGCUGGUUUGAUUGGAGAUAUAUGUCAAAAUUACUUAAAUUGUCAAGAAAAUAUGCUGUCACUAAACAUUAUGCCCGUACUGCUUCAUAUGAUAGACACAGAUGAGGAUAACCAAGCAAGAGUCAAGGCUAUGUAUGCUGUAUCAUGUCUUAUUCGACACUGCCCUAAAGGAGAAGAGCAGUUUCUUAAAACCGAUGGUUUAUCAUACUUAAUGCGUGCAAUGCAAUCAGAUGUGGAAAAAUUGGUCGUUAAAUCUGCAUUUAUUUUAACCAACUUCUUUAGAAAGAAUGAUUCACACAAGGCCACAGCACUUUCAAUGGGAUUUGUUGAGCAGUUGUUGACACUACUGAGCAAUGAAAACUCUGAUGAUAUUUCCCGAGAACAUUGUACAGCAGCUCUCCUUAAUUUGGCAUCCUCUUAUCCCCCUGCCCUAGCUGAGUGCCUGAGACCAGAACUGAAUGUUUCACAGAUUUUGACAUCUAGAUUAGAAGAUAUCAAAGGCAAAGAAGAACUGGAAGAGGAAGAAGGAUACAUCCAGGAGAUGUUGGAGUUAAUGAGACGAGGCAGUGCAGAAUCUGAAGAAAAUACUAACAGAUAAUAAGAAGAAACUAACAUUAUUGUUCAUGAUUUAAUACUAUUUAGUAACCCAUAUGUGGUUGCUUCAUGACAAGUAUAUUUGUUGAUGCAUUGUUUAUUUAUUUAAGGUAUCUUUUAUUAGUAAUUUUAAUUGUACAUUAAUGCAUAUUUAAAAAUAGUGCAGUCCUAAAAAACUGUAUUACAAAAAUUCUCAUAUUUCAUAAAAACAUAGGUCAUCUAUGAAAAUACAGUGGACCCCCGGUUAACGAUAUUUUUUCACUCCAGAAGUAUGUUCAGGUGCCAGUACUGACCGAAUUUGUUCCCAUAAGGAAUAUUGUGAAGUAGAUUAGUCCAUUUCAGACCCCCAAACAUACACGUACAAACGCACUUACAUAAAUACACUUACAUAAUUGGUCGCAUUCGGAGGUGAUCGUUAUGCGGGGGUCCACUGUAUUUCAAUUACACUUGAAAAUGAAAACUUCUACAUUGAAUGGUAUAUAGAAAAUUUGCUGCUUUAUCUAAAAAUUAUGAAAGACUAUUUUUAUUAUGGUGCUAUAAUUGUGGGUUUCUAAAAGUAUUUAAAAAAGUAUUAAAAAAAGGCAUUGCAAUAAAUGUACGUACUUUAUGUUGCUUGAAUAUUAAAUUUCACUUUGUGUGAAUGCACUUAAUUACAGUCACACUUUGUUAGCCUGAUCAUCUUGCUUAUCAGCUUUAUUUCAGCUUUACAGGCUUUGCAAUGCAGUAAUAAAAUAUGUUAUCAGUGUCUCAUAAUGCUUUAGGAGCCUAAUCUUUAUUAAUGGAGACAUUUGUCUUCUUCAACACAACUGAAUUUCUUCAUACACAUAGUUAUGGAAUAAUAAAAUUUAAAUAAAUAGAUUAAACAAG